GGCUGACAGAUUAUCGCUCCCAGGAAUUAGAUGUUGAGUGAACGUUACAGGUGGAGCAGAGAGCGUCGAGCCGGAUUCAAGACCAGUACUACGACAGCGGUCUCAGCGGUCCUUAAUGCAGAUCCUCACAAGUCCUGAGGUGGACACUGUGAAGAUGAUCUCCUCCAGCACUCCUCACCAGUAGCUGAGCAGCAUGGCUUCUGCUCCUCCUUCCCUAGAGGACAACAGUGGCUCAUUAGCACUGCUCUGGAGGUUAACGCCGACAUAGAUACUCACCACGCAGGACGCCGGCUUAAAGCAGAACAGAAGCAGGCUGCGCUCGACUCCAAAGGCACUGGUCAAAAAGCUGAAUGAACUCCGUUUAGAGGAUCUUUGAAAACAUAAAAUGGCCCAUGUCAGAGCAGCACAUGUUCAUGACAGUGACAUCACCACAGUUUAGCAACAGCGACAUCUGGACUGAGACCCUGGACCAUGUUCUGUCUCUGAUCGGGUGCUACGGUGGCUGAGCUGGACCACGCAGCUCUUCCACACUUAGACAAACCUGGACUCUGAGUCAUGUCUCUUCUCUCAGCCCUGACCCUCGUCUGUGGAUUGAUGCUCCACGUUUCCUUCAGUGCACUCAACCCUCACUACUGUGUCCCACGAAAGACUGUGCCCUACCAGAGCGAGCUGAAGUCGUUCACAGAAAAAGGGGUCUUCAACUACUCCACCAUGCUGAUGAGAGACGACCUGGGUCUGCUUCUGCUGGGGGCCCGAGAGGCCAUAUAUGCUCUGGACAUCAACAACAUCUCUGUCAAAAAGGCUGCGGUGUAUUGGCGAGUUACCGAGGAAAAGCAGAGGGAGUGCACGUACAAAGGAAAACAAGCUGAGGUGGAAUGCCGUAACUACAUUCGAACCCUGCACAGAGUGAAUGACACUACAAUGUAUGUGUGUGGCACAAAUGCUUUUAGCCCCACCUGUGAUUAUAUGACGUUUGAUAAUGGACAGCUGAGGCUGGAGGGAAAGCAGGAUGAGGGAAAGGGGAAGUGUCCUUUUGAUCCCUUCCAGAGAUAUUCCUCCCUCAUGGUUGGAAAUGACCUGUAUUCUGCUACAUCCAUCAACUUCUUGGGCUCUGAGCCUGUGGUUCUGCGUAGCUCCGACUUGGCUCUCCGCACUGAGUUUAAGAGCUCCUGGCUCAGUGAGCCAAACUUUGUCUACAUGGACUUUGUGGGUGAGAGUUUUGACAGUCCUGAUGGUGAUGAUGAUAAGGUGUACCUGUUCUUCAGUGAGAAUGCCAUGGAGUACGACUUCUACAGCAAAGUUGCAGUAUCUCGAGUGGCCCGCGUCUGCAAGGGGGAUAUGGGCGGCCAGCGGACGCUGCAGAGGAAAUGGACGUCGUUCCUGAAAGCUCGUCUGGAUUGUUCCCUCCCUGAACCCAGCCUGCCCCCCAUUGUCCAGGAUGUCUUCCUGCUAAAGCACGAUGACUGGAGGAAGAGCGUCUUCUAUGCUGUCUUUGCACCCCAGUCGAGCUUGUCCCAGGCAUCUGCAGUAUGUGCAUACACUGUGUCUGCAAUUCGAGCCAUUUUCAAUGAGGGCAAGUUUAAGACACCUGUUGCUGUGGAGACAUCUCACAUCAAGUGGGUGAUGUACACAGGAGAGGUGCCAGUUCCCAGACCAGGAUCGUGCAUCAACAAUGUGGCACGUGGCAUGGGGAUGAAUCGCUCUCUGGACCUCCCUGACAAAACCCUUCAGUUCAUCAGGGAUCGCCCCCUUAUGGACGAGGCUGUCCGGCCUCUGACAGGAGGGCCGCUGCUGGUCAAGAGGGGAGCUCUGCUGACUCGGAUUGUAGUGGACAGCGUGUUGGCCCUGGACGGACAGAGAUAUGCCGUCAUGUUCAUCGGCACCGAAAACGGUUACAUUCAGAAGGCUGUCAACUAUGCUGGAAACAUGUUCAUCAUUGAGGAGAUUCAGCUGUAUGAAAACCCUGUGCCUAUUAGCACCCUGCGCCUCUCGUCCAGCAAGGGCCAACUUUAUGCAGGUUCAGAGUUGGGUGCUGUCCAGAUGCCGGUCAGUAACUGCAGCCGCUAUGACGCUUGUGUGGACUGCAUCUUGGCCAGGGAUCCUUAUUGUGCCUGGGACUUCGCCUCUGAGCAGUGCUCGUCAGUGUCCAGCUUGUCAUCCUCCUUAAAUACUGCAGUACAGAGUCUGAAGGAAGGAGACAUCUCACAGUGUCCUCAGCCAGACCCAGUAGCAGCUGUGGACUUUACCCUAGUUCCAGAGAACAACAUCCAGCUGCCGUGCCAGAUCCACUCCAACUUGGCGCAGGUCCUGUGGCGAUUCUCUGACCAAACACUUCACUCCAACAACAAAUACUACAUCUACAGCGGGGGCCUCCUCAUCCUGAGCGCCUCUGAAUCGGACGCCGGUCUGUACACCUGCGACUCAGUAGAGCAGAUCAAUGGCAGAACAUACAGCCGGACAAUGGCUGUUUAUCAGUUACAGCUGUACUCAGGCCCCGGAGUGGGGGACCGCACUACUCCUGGUAAUGAAGUGACAAAUUCCUCAGACACUGUUCACAGUCUGAAUACAGCUGCACCAGGACUGGCACCAAACCUGGCCGAUGAGGACCUGUUGUCCCCUGAGAAUCAGAGCGACACUGGCAGGGUGACUGGUUUGGAGGUGGCUGUGGCUCUGCUCUCGCUGCUUUGCCUCUCCCUGAUGGCAGUCAUAUUUUGGAUCUGGAGCCAAGGAUGCUGGGGAUGUUUCAAGUUUCCGCAGCGCUCCAGUGAAAGCGAGGGGAAAAGGCAGUCAGCUGAAUAUAUGCACAUCCAGAACAGAACUUCAGAGAUAAAGCUCCUGGGGCCUGAGUCUGGAAGACCUUGCAGUGCCAAUAAUAAUCACUCUGCUGUUGACUUCAAAGGGAACGGGGAGCACCACUUCACACCAAUGGCCAACAUUGCAAAUCUGGAUGGUCUGGGAUACAUAAAUGAUGAGUCAGAGAUUUGACUCUGCUGAGGUGUAGAAUUCAGUGCGAGGCCAACAACAGUGCACUAAUUAUCCUCCUGUAGGUGCACUACUGUAAAAAAGGUUUCACAUUAUAAAUUCUUUUGACUGGUGUCCCGUUUCUUUCUGACAAUUUCCAACACUUUCUAUCAUUUCCAUACUGUGACUGGGCAGCUGAUGUUCACUGAAGAGACUUUUCAGGAUUCCUAGUGGAAUUUUCACUCCGGGAAAUUGUUGAAAGGUCUUUUUUUUUUUGUACGUGUGUUUUUUUUUUUUUUGUAUGAUGACAAAUACUGAAUACACUUUUUGUAAUAUAUUGUGUACAGCCAAGACAUUUGUUUAUUCAGCUACUAUUUAUUUGUCACAAUGAAGAUUUUAUUUCAGCAGUUCAAGUUGUGUAAAUGGGAUUGACAACAACACUUCAGAUGCAUUUCAUUUUAUGGAUACUGCUGUUAAUUUAAGAUAGCAUUCAUCAGCCACAGAGCAUUCUGUCCAGUCUUUGGUUGUGUUAGUGACUGGUCAGUAACCCAUAAUACUUUUAUUUUAUUUUCCAUGUGGCUAAAAUGGAUUACAUUCUUACCUCUGCAUUUAAAGGAUCAAAUGCCAAAAAAAGAGAGAAAUUAUUUCACUGCAGUAAAUGUUGUAUUAUCAGUGACAGUGAACGAACAGAUAUCAAAGUUUUGUACAUUUGUGUCAGUGAAUCAACUCUUUGCAUCAGGGACACAAUACAGUUAUGAAUGUUGGGUUUUCUUGCCAAACUUCAGAUAAUACAGCCCUUGCUGCUAAUAAAAAAAAAAAUCUUGAUUGAGAGUUUGACAUGUCCAUUUGUCAGCAAUGAGUACCUCCCUCUCACUCUCAUGCAGAAAUUCAUUUGAAGGUGAUGCUGAAAGCCUACCUGACAGGUGUGUUGUCUUGAUGUGUCGGAGCAGGCGCUCCCGUGGACUGUACGGCAGAACAAUCAACAAAAACACUGACUCCACACUUACCUAAGACAUGUUUGUUUUUGUCGAAUAAGAUGGAGACCGACCAAAAUUACAGGAAGGUUGCUUGAAUCUGCUCUGUGUUUUUCACACUCUGUCAUUAACAGAAUCACUCUGAGCUGUCUUAGGUUUCAUCUCAAACAAGUACUGUAGAUGUGAAACGGGUUGAAAUGGGUCUCUGCUGAAUUAUUCAACAGUGUUGUAUAAGAAAGUUAUCAUGAACAGAGUCAUAGUUAUAUAUUGGCCUAUAAAAUUACAACUAAUAAAAUAUUGCCGAUUGGA